UUCACUACUACGGGACAACCAAAACAAAGCAGCGGGUCCACACGCAGUGGACAGUCAGACAACGUUUGAUUUUAACAGGAAAAGGAUCUUUACAUACUUUUGGUUAUUGUUAUCACAUUUUUAUCUGUUUACCGGCUUGGGAUGUGACUUGCCGUGUAGACUGCGCCCAGGCGGAGCACAGCAUUCCCGGACAGAUUGAUCUCAUUUCAAAGGCGAAGUUGCUUUUUACUUUUGAGGGGCGCCCGCUUCGUCACACUUACAUGACAUUGUAUCAUUCGACUCCUUCACCUCUCGACCAUGGCGGAAGCGGCCCAGCAGCCACAUCUGGUGGAAAUCGACCCGGAUUUUGAGCCCCUGUCGCGCCCACGGUCGUGCACUUGGCCUUUGCCCCGGCCGGAGUUCAUCAACCCGGGCGACUCCAACACGUCCUCGCCGGUGCCGUCCGUGAAGCAAGAGCCCACCGGCAACGAGUUCAUCAACAACCUCAGCCUACUGGAGGAGACCGAGGACUUCACGGAGCAGGAGCCAGUCAUCCUGUGCGCCGACUUCCAGUGUCAGGAGAACUGCGUCCACCAGCAACCUCCACAGCAGCAGCAGCAGCAGCAACAUAAUCAUAAUGCACAGCAGCAGCAGCAGCAGCACCCGAACCAGCAACUCCCGCAUCAACAGCAGCAACAGGUGUCCCUGCUCUCCUCCCCGGUGGGCUCGUCGUCCUCGGCGGCCGCAGCUGCCGCCGCUGCCCAGAGGAAAAGCAGCUCCUCCCGGCGAAACGCAUGGGGGAAUAUGUCAUAUGCAGACCUCAUAACCAAAGCUAUCGAAAGUUCUCCCGAGAACCGGCUAACUCUGUCUCAGAUAUACGACUGGAUGGUGAAGAGUGUGCCUUAUUUCAAGGACAAAGGUGACAGCAACAGCUCUGCAGGCUGGAAGAACUCCAUUAGACACAACCUGUCGCUACACAGCCGCUUUAUUCGCGUCCAGAAUGAGGGCACGGGGAAGAGCUCGUGGUGGAUGCUGAACCCCGAGGGCGGCAAGAGCGGCAAGUCCCCUCGACGCAGGGCCGCCUCCAUGGACAACAACAGCAAGUUCACCAAAAGCAGAGGAAGAGCAGCGAAGAAAAAGCUGUCCCUGCAGAGUGGCCCUGAUGGCGGCGCUGACAGCCCAGGCUCCUACUCCAAGUGGCCUGGCAGCCCCAACUCCCACAGCAACGAUGACUUUGAUGCAUGGAACAGCUUCAGGCCUCGGACCAGCUCCAACGCCAGCACUCUGAGCGGUCGUCUCUCUCCCUUCAUGCCCGAGGACGACCUCGGAGAGGCAGACGUGCAUAUGGGCUAUCCAGGAGCCCCCGGGGCCAAGAUGACAGCCACCCUGCCCAGUCUCACAGAGAUGACAGGCUCUCUCGGACACAGUUCUGAGAAUGUCAUGGAGAACCUUUUGGACAACCUGAACUUGCUCUCGCCCAACAACUCUCAGGUUGGAGGGGCGACAACCCCUGGCUCCUCCCCCUCUCCGAUGAUGCAGCCGAGCCCUGGGUACCCCGCUUACAGCUCCUCCGGCAUGGCCGCGCAGCCUCAGCAGGAGUACCGCAAAUGUGUGUAUGGCCAAGCAGGGAUGAACACCCUGUCCUCCAUGCCGCUGCAGACACUGCCAGAGAGCAAGCCCAGCUUCGGACCCAGUAUGGGCCAGUACAGCUGCCCCGCGGGUCUUCUGAAGGAGCUGCUGACGUCAGAUACAGACCAGCACAGUGAGCUCAUGUCGUCAGUGGACACCGUGGUCUCUCAGUCCAGCGGAGGCUGCAUGCUGCCGCCGUACAGCAGCAGCCAGCAUGCAGCCAAACUCAUGCAUGGUCUUGCUCACUCUCACCCUCGGAAUGUGCACAGCCAAGCUCUGUCCACAUCACCGGCCAUGAAUGGCCACCUGCUCAUGUCCCUGAGCCACAGCGGGGUGCCCGCUCGUUUGCCUGCAGCCAAAAGCCCGAUGCAGAUGCCUUAUGGCCUCUCUAGCCACCUCAGUGCGGGAGGCAUGCCUGGUGGCUUCUGCCCUCUCAACAUCAACGGAUAUGGCCGACCAGGCCUGCCACAGCCCCUGCACCCAGAGAAGCUUCCCAGCGACCUGGACGACAUGUCCAUCGAGAAGUUUGAGUUUGACAUGGAGACGGUCCUUCACGACACGUUGAUGGACGGCGACUCCUUGGACUUCAACUUUGAGCCAAUGGUGACCCAACAAGGUUUCUCCCACGGAGUGAAGAACACCACGCACAGCUGGGUGUCAGGGUAGACACUGUAGUGCUUGUUGCUGUUUGGUAAAAGGCACAAUCGGAACUCAUUUGAGACACAAACAUGUCUAUCUUUGGAUGUUUAAUCCUCAACCUAACAUCACCUGCAGUCCAUGUACCAUCAUCCAUCAACACCUCUGUUUCAAAAAUACCUUCCGGAUCACUUCAGCGGACUGAGACGGGUUGUAAUCAGCUGAGGCCGAUCUCCGUUAGAGCCCAAGAACGGGUGGAGAUGAAAUCUGAAUUAUCUUUGAAAUAUCAAAUAAUUUGUACAAACUUAAGUGCCAAACAAUUUGCCUUAACAUAAGAGCCAAACUGAAACACACCUCUCUGUUUUACUCACCAUGGUUGCAGCGAUCUCUUUGCAAGUGACACUGCCAACUACAUAUCAGCAGCAGCAGCAGCAGCACAAUCUAUAGAAGUGCACAAACUCAUAUUAUGAUUUGUAUUGGGUGUCCACAAUCAGCCUUUCCGUAUGUACAGCGUAGUGAUAAUUGAUUACCACCACGGAAGAAUUAUGAAGGUAAUCUGGUUUAUGGGUUUGUGGACGUGAUGUAAAGUGUGAGACUUCUCAAGGGACCCUCAGAUCAUGUUCCAUAAUAAUUCACUUUGUUACUGAAUGUACAUAGUGUCAUCAAACAGUUUGUAAAAUCCAACCUCUUACUGUGUUUUCUAAGACUGUAAAUAGUGUUUACAGAGCAGAGGCAAAAGUCGAGGCAGCAGAAGUGAGCCCACGUUGAAAACUAGAUCUGACUCUUUGAAACACACGUCGAGUGGCCAGAUCUGUGCUUUAGGAAUUAUUUUCAAUCAGGCUGUACAAUUGUAACACACUUUCUGAUUUCUUGUACAUACAUUAAGAAUGUAUAUUAAAAUUAUGUCGUAGAUGUUUAUUGGAUUUAGUAUAUAUUUGAGACCUAAAUUAUUUGUGGUUAAUAUAGAUUUAUUCUAGUGGAUAACCUGCACUCAGGUAACAGAAUUGUUCUGAGUCAUUCGUCACUCUGAACCGUAAUACCACAGGAGCCUAUUUAUUGUGCCUCACAAAGUAGAUAUUGACUGCAGGCUUGAAGGGUUUUAUAUUGUAAAUGUCUAUGGCUCAGAAGAUACUCAAAUCCAGCAGUCUUGAAGAAAAGUUCAGCAUAUUCUUUAUUUCCAGUUCCCUGCUUUCACUUUUGUUUUGGGAAGUCAAACAGAAACGAGUGACUGUAGAUUGUUAUUGUUCGGGUUUCCUGAACGCCUCGCAGCCAUAUGAAUGUUAGGAGGUGAAGGCAGGUUGGUGGAUAAAAGAUAUUCUACGCUGCUUUUGUUUUCGGAUCGAGACUGAGUCGCCGGGAAUUGUCAUUAACGACACUGAGUAUUUAAGCAGCCUGUUCCCUGUCGAGAUUCAGAACUUAGAAAAAAGAUGUUUCUUCUUUGUCUCAAACGGUUAGUGUGACUUAUUAAACUUAGGACAGUAUAACAACUCUUCAUCCAAAAAGAGCUUGUCUGAUGAUAUCGGUAGGAUCAGCUUUUUGGCUUUUAAUGAGACUACUUUUAAUCUGCCCUUCUACCUCUACCAAUCUUCAAGUCAUAUGAUCGCUAACAUAAAGUUAAUGUGUGAAUUUAUAGCUCAAAUCAUCUUCUCAAAGACAUGUCUAUUUGAAUUUGUCCCUUAAAAGCGCCACUAAGUGUUACGUAUUUUAUCUAGCGUGUAUAUUUGCAUUUUCUGUCUCGCUUCUCCCACUUAACGCUGUACUAUUAAUGAGUUUGACCGCCUGUCAGUGACUUAUUAUUCAAUCACAAAUAGUGUGCACGUUUGUGUAACUUUGUGAAGAUGAUCUCUGUGAACUUGACUGCUUCGAAUGAAGUUGACUGGUUUGGUGGCUGAAAGACUGGGUGGUUUAGAGAUAACAAACUCUAGCUGCCUAUUCUACCUUAAUUUUUAUUGCAUUAUUUAUCUGGAAACCACAAACAUCAGCGUGAGUCUGAGCAUGUGUUGUAAAGGGCUCUGAGUAUGCAAGUUUUUAUUUAAGUCCUAUUACUAAUGAGUAACCCUCCAACCAGGGGGGAACGAUCUUUAAUUGAUUUGGGUGUUUGGUGGAGAUGAAAACUUGCAUACUCCAGAUCAGUCAAAGCACAUGAUCUGACACCGCCACUGUUGUUUUCAUUUAUAUGAAUCCAAUGAGUGGGGCAGGUUUAAGAAGAGUAAAAUGAAAUUCUUAACAUUUCAAAAGGCUGUUAAAGAAGCUGCUGUUUGGCUUUGGUGCCAGGUGUUGCCUUUUCUUACCCAAAUAUGCCAUAGUGUACAUUAGCCAAAUUUGCCUUUUGAAGUCAAAGUGAUAUAUUUAAAAAAUGUUGUCAUGUCAUAUGUUCAGAAUGAAAUAUAUGUGUGCCGGUCACUCAAGUCAGGAUAAACUGGAAUUAAUCCAUGUAGUCAGUGUCACACGGGAUUCACUCUAAAAGUAAAAGAGCUGUACUAAGUAAAUGAUAUCUCUACAUCUAUAAAUGAUUGAAUCUAUGCAUUGUGUUCCUUAAUUUUAUGUUGCUAUUUUCCUUUUCUUUGAACUUAUGAGAAAUGUAUUUUAUUGUAACAUAGCGCUGUGAGAUAUUAUGGUGUUGUCGUUGUCAAAACUCUAUGUUCCAGAUAGUUAUAUGGGAUAAAAAUGAAGUUUAUUUAGAAAAUAGAUGAUGCAGUGAUUAAUAUGCUAAGCUUUUGUUAACUGACAAUGUUGUAUUUCUUGUAUUUAGCUCCAGUUUUUAGAAAAUAGCAUCAAAAAGCAAAUUACUGAAAAUAAUGUCAAGAUAUAUUGAAUUUUUUUAAUGGAAAACACAAUAUUUAGUCCGUUAGAGAAGUCCUGCUCAGAAUGCAGAUUCUGGACACAUUUUUGUAAUUUUUUGAGUACAACGAUAUUGCACUUUUACUUAAAAGUUAUGACAAAGUGCCCUUUGCAACAAGAGGAAGAGUUACCAUUACAUAUUUUAAAAAGACAAAUCUGUUACAUUGAAUUUAUAUACAGUACUAACUAAAUUGGAAUUGUGCUGUGUGAUUUGCAAUCAAUACAAAUAUGUAACUUGUUCAAUAUUAAUGUAUUAAGACCUGAAUAAAUGUUCUUAUGUGUUAAA